GUUUGCGAGAUAGUGUGGGUAUCACCGCGGCGAGGGGGUCGCGGUCGCCGGUCGCGCACGCUGCGUGCAUUAGCUAGUGCUGCGCGAAGAGCGCGUGUAGUUCGUGAACAUAUCUGAGGUGACUGGAACUGUCACACACGAGACUACACCCGGCCUCAUAAUGUCAAGUCGAGCAUGGGUGACGUUAGCCACAAACGACUCUUACGGUCUGGGAGCCCUGGUGCUGGCGCAUUCUCUGCGCCGCGUCGGCUCCUCGUACCCGGCCGUGGUACUCAUCACACCGUCCGUCACUGACCCCAUGAGAGAGCGGCUUGGCGGAGUAUUUGCCGAGGUGAUCACGGUGGACGUGCUGGACUCGCAGGACGCUGCGCACCUCGCGCUGCUGCAGCGGCCCGAGCUCGGCAUCACCUUCACGAAGAUCCACUGCUGGAAUCUCACGCAGUACGACAAGUGUGUGUUCCUGGAUGCCGACACAUUGGUGGUCCAAAACUGCGACGAGUUGUUCGAACGUGAACAGUUGUCAGCAGCCCCUGAUGUCGGCUGGCCCGACUGCUUCAACUCAGGAGUGUUCGUGUUCGCGCCCUCUGCCGAUACCUUCGCAAAACUCAUCGCCUUCGCACAGGAACGCGGUAGCUUCGAUGGUGGUGACCAAGGUCUCCUGAACUCCUUUUUCUCUGACUGGGCGCAUGGAGACAUCAACAAGCACCUGCCUUUCCUCUACAACGUCACAUCAGCUGCCUUCUACUCAUACCUGCCUGCAUUGAAACAUUAUGGGCAGAACCUCAAGAUCAUCCACUUCAUCGGAGCCGCCAAGCCAUGGUUGCAACAGUUCAACUUCGAAUCGGGAUCCGUCGAUGCGCCCGAGCACAUCCGAGGUUUCCUCCAACUUUGGUGGGACCUCUUCGUGGGACAAGUGCACUCCCAGCUUGACACCGGCAUGGUUGAGGUGGCGGACACACAUGAAGGCCCCCCUGCGUUACCUCCACAUGACGUGGGACAACAAUACCACUAUCAGCCCACUCCGGACCCUGAGUCAGAAUUCGCUUGGCACCAUCCCGACACAAAAACUAAAGAAGAAACACGAAAGAAAGAUAUAGAUAUCACUGAGUUUUUCGAUCCAUGGAAGAUUUAUAGAGGACAUAUACCACCAAAUACGAAAGAAGAAGUCAGCCAUCACAAAGAAUUAGCAAGGAUAGACGAUCAUGAAGAAAUUAGAAAGUACGCAUGGGAAUAUCAGGCACAAGGACCUCCUCCUACAUACACAGAACACAAUCCGAACCAAGACAGACAACAACAUUAUACAGAUAAUUGGCAACAUAAUAUUCAACAUGGACACAAACAACAAGAUCAACAUCAAGGUCACUGGCAUCAAGAACACGACCACAACUGGGGCGGCCAUGACAACCAUAACCAAAAUUAUGAUCAACAAACUCAUGCUCAUCAUUCUCACGAUCAUCAUGAUCAACAAAGUCAUCAUCAUGAAGAUCACACGCAUCAUAGCCAAGACUAUCAUGAUCAUCAUAGUGCAGUCCAUUAUGAUCAUCAUGGCCAUCACAGCCAAGAUCAUUAUUUUCAACACAGGCAUGACCACAAUGAUCAACAUGGACAUGAUAACCAGCAUCAUCACAGUCAUGAUCAUCAUGGCCAUCACAGUCAUGAUCACCAUUACCAUCACAGUUCUGAAAAUCACGAGCACCACAAUCAAAGUCACUAUGAACAUCACAGUCAUCAGACUCAUGAUUAUCACCACAAAUCACACGACCACUACCAACAACUAACACACAUCAACGAGAACACUAGUCAUACACAACACAUUGAUUCUGUGUAUAGAAUAGACGAACAGAGACAUGAUCACAAUUAUUAUGACAAUUCAGAUCCAAACGCACAAAACUUUCACGAAAUACAUAAAGUAUUAGAACAUGUUCAAGAGAAGAAAGUUAAGAAACGCAACCGCCGCAGACGACUACAUCGGAUAGAUGUUUAUAAAGAACGCAUUAUGAAUGGGGAGGUGUCUGGAAGCGAGAGUGACGACUUUGAUGACAUAGUACCAAGGCACCCCUAUGAUGGCUUCUACUUAAGGCACAGAGUUACUGUGGACGCUCGAGGUCGGAAAGUGUGCUCGCACGAAGUACCACCCACUCCAUCUCCUUCUCCCCCACCGGACUCACCAGUUCACGAUGACUCACACCUACCAGAAGAACCAAUACCAAUGGACACUAAUUUUUCAGAUGACCAAAGUGGUGUGGCUGGCAAUCUUGCUCGCGUGCUGCCGGGCGCUGCAGGCCAGCGUGAGGCCUUGGACGAGCUGUCACGUCGCCAGGGCUGGGAGGCCGGCAAUAUUGACUACAUGGGCGCGGAUUCCUUUGCGAACAUUUGGGCCAAGAUCUCACAAACACUGAGCAAGCCCCGCACCUCACCUGCUAAACAGUCUCCUCCUAGGGAAGUAACCCCACAACCAGCUCCUGAGCAGGUUGUAGUUCAGUCUGGAGAUGUAGUGCAAGAACCAGUGGCAGAACAAGUCGAAGUGGCAAAGGAAGUGGUUCCAGCGGAAAGUCCCGUAUCUGAAUCAGUAGAAGCACCUGCACAAUUACUGACUUCACAUUGGCCAGCAGAGCCUGCACCAGCACCAGUAGAGGCCGCCACUGCACCAGUUGAGGCAGCAGCAACAGUUGAGGCAUCACCUGCUCAAGUAGACGCUGCACCUGCACAAACAGACUCUGUAACUGCACCAGUGGAGGCUAUACCUGCACCAGUGGAGGCUGCACCUGUACCUGUUGAGGCUGCGCCUGCACCUGCACCUGUUGAGUCUGCUCCUGCACCUGUAGAGGCUGCUCCCGCACCUGCGCCAGUAGAGGCUGCUCCCGCACCUGCGCCAGUAGAGGCUGUGCCAGAGCCAGUUGUAGCUGCACCUGUACCAGUUGAAGCAACACCUGCACCUGUAGAAGCUACUCCAGCACUAGUUGAGUCGGCACCUACCCCAGCAGAGGUGGUGCCUGCUACAGUUGAGGUGGUAUCUCCACCAGUAGAGGCUGCUCCUGCACCAGUAGAAGCUGCUCCUGCACCAGUCGAAGCGGUGCCCGCAGUAGUUGAAGCAGCUCCCGUCGCCAUAGCUGAAGCAGCUCCCGCAGCAGUGGAGGUUGCUGAAGUACCUGUGACAGUUGAAGCUGUAGCACCAGUUGAAGUUUCAGCCCCGGUUGCCGAAGUACCUGUAACAGUAGAGUCUGUAGCACCUGUAGAAGCUGCUGCUCCAGCCCAAGAGCCAGUCGCUGCCCCGGAGGUAGCUCCACCAAGUGAAGUUCCUGUAUCUGUGGAAGCCAUUGUCCCAGAUGUAUCUGCGCCAGUAGAACCUGCCGCUGCAGCAGCAGUGCAGUCAGAAGCCCCGAAAACCCCUGAAGCUGUAAGUGUUGCGCAAAAGACUGAAGACUCGCCUGUGCAGAGCAGCCCACCGCUAUCAGCUUCGGACAGCCCGCCCCUGGCCCACACUCCGUCCAAGGAAGAGGCAGCUGCACCCCUAGCUCCCGCUGCUAAAUCCGAGGAGCGUCGUAAGCCGGCGGGCAAGCUGAAGCUCAGCCCUCCUGCCGCCGCCGACCCGCUCCCCACGCCCGACAGCGAGCUCGAGGACGCGGCCGCGCUCGCCUCCGAUAUCAUCGCGCGGGAGCUACUCACGCCAACCGUCACCGCCGCUUCCCCGCCCGUCGCCGAGUCGCCUGCUGCGCCCGAGAACUCCCGUCUGGCCGUGGAGGAGCCCGAGGUGCCCACGCCACCCGUCGGCGCAGUAUCACUAGCACAGAUUGGCGUCAAAGUUCCGCCUAAGGGCAAAUCCACUACAGCAGCGCAGAUAGAGUCUUCAAUCACGGAGACGGUUACGCCGCCGACGCCUGAUGCUCCAACAGCCCCUGUGACUCCUGCUAUCCCGACGCCAGCGCCGUCGCCGGCACAGCCCAGUCCACCAUCAGACGCACCUAAGAAAAAAGUUGUAAAGAAAGUGGUGAAGAAGGACAAGGAGGGCGCUGCCGGCGGCGACGCGCCCGUCCCGCCACCGCGCAAGAAGGAGAAGAAGCCCAAAGAGAAGUGAGCGGUGGCGACUCGCUCCCGAUAGUUCCUCUGUGCCAUAAUCGUAGCCUUUCUAUGUUUAAUGUCUACUUAUUUAAUUUUCGAAUAAUUAUGCUUUUAUGUAUCGCGUAAUUUUUACUAUAAUAUUAUGUUAGAGUUAAUUUAUACUCACCAUCACGCGGCAAAUGUAUUGUUUCGUUUGAUUUUAUAUCUUUACUUUUUCUUUUAUUAAUUUUAUCAUUAUUUAUAUUUUUAACAGUGAUGAUAAUCGGUUAUAUUGUUUUAAAACUUGAUCUACCAAAGGACGAGACGUAUUUAUUAUGAAAACGAAAGUUUUAUGAAAUUUUUAUAUUAAAAGUCUAUUUUGGAAUACUA